UGCCGGUCUAGGAGCGAUGGAAUGCAGUGUGCGCUGGCGCAUACUAGGAGGGCGGUUCCUCUGCAGUGAGUGGCGUCAAAGAGAGGGGGGGGAAGCGAACAAUGUCUCGAAGGACCCAUCUGCACCCACAAAAACUUUGUCUCCCAAUCCGGACAAGCGCCGGGGGUGCCCACCGGUCCGGCGUUAACACGGCAAGAAACACUCCCAAUCCAGAACAAAGCCUACUAUCGGAUAGUUCAUUCGCUCAGGAAGCCACAUUCAUGUGGUGCUAAGCUACCAGGGGAGCAGUCAAGCUGUGUUGUGUGAACGAUUACAGGGGGCAGCGUUCAUCACAUGGGCCUUCGCGUGCUCGUCCAUCACAUCGUCUUCCUCAGCUUCUCGCGACGAGCGACCGCUACCAACGAAGGCGCUCGCAUUAGGCAUUCCGAGCCCAGCCUCAGACCUGCCCGUCCGACCGGCCAGAGCCCCGACGCGCCGGGGACAGUCCAGGAGAACCGAGACGACGGAGAUGUUUGCGCAAUGCAGAUGACGUUGGCUUGGCGGUCCGCAAGAGGAAAGUCGAAGAGCGAGCGUACAUAGCGGCUGCCAGCUGCGUUGGCCUGAUUCGCACGACAGAGCCAAAAGUAGCCUGCUUCUCGCACAGGAUCGAUGCCUCUCUUGGCGGGAGGGGGACCAGAAGGCGUGCUGUAGGGAAGGUCUCUCGGAUGGUCUUGGCAAGGCGCAUGCAGCUGCGUCUCCUCUGCAAGGGCAUCUGGGGUUCUGGGGUCGAUCGCUGCUGCGAUCUGCCGGUGCAGACAGAUUUUGGGGUCGGCGGUGGCUUGCACUUCCAGCGAUGUGGUUAUAGACCCCGAUGUGUGAGAAAAUGGAUGCACUCAUGGAACAUCUGGUUGCUUAUUCUAUGAAUGAUGGAGAAUGCCGCCAAGCAGGUUGAGAUGGAACAUGGUCGUCGCGUGUGCGGACCAAACCAGACACGCGUAAUCAUCAUCAUCACUAAGACUGCAUCACUAACUGAACGACCUCAUGAGUUGAAUCUCAGCAGCUCUCACGAAGGGUUGAAACGAAACGCA